AUGGUAGCCGCUUUCGGCAUACUUGCUUCAAUCAGACACCAUACAGGUUCUUUAUUCGUUUUCGCAACUUGUUUGAACCUUGACUGUUUCGAAUCGGAAUUGAUGUCAGAGGUAUGGAUACGGCGACGGGACUCGAGUGGUGUGUACCUUUGUGCAGGUUCCACCCUCGAUCUUGGGACCAAGAACGGAGUAUUCAGAUGCAGGCAGACGACACCUGUAUGGACCGGAGCACAUCGCAUGGCCCCGAUCGCGACAGUGCCGGACGGGACGCGGGUUGUGGCUUGCUCGGAGAUAACACCGGGGGUGUGGUAUUGGCUGGUGCUGAGCCCGUUUUUGCGACGAAUGGGCACAGCAAUGCCUGUCGUUGCAUGGGGGAAAACCCGAUCCCCUGAUGUGUGUAUCGCUCAAGAUCGAGGUGGUAUCGCAGUUGGAAAGGGGAAAGAGACGAUGAGUCGAAAAGCAAAGAGGCACUUUGGCACUGGAUAUCAAGUGCGGAUUAAGGUAGCAGUCUCUCUGAAGAGAGUAUCGCGUUGGAUGGAAACCUGGCAGGUGAUGGCGAUUCUAAUGACCAUAUUCAGCAUAAGGUUGCGAGCUGCAUCUUGUGCAGGCCUUGGAGUGAUGACAAGUCGUUUCUGGAUUGCGGCGCGGGGCUUCGUAGCUGUGUCUGUAGCUGCGGACCGACGGGCUAUAACGGGGAUGGGAGGUCGGCGUGGAGGACGGAAACAGCGGUGA